AUGACCAGCCAGGCUUCCCCAGAGGCCAGGCCUCCCAGGGCCGGGCCAAAGAGCUUCCUGCCCGCGGAGAUGAGUGGCGCCUCAGGAUUGCUAGGAACAGCCGGAGUCCCCCUGGCGUCCCUGACCUGGCCGCUGCCCAGCCCCAGGCCGGCUAUGCCCGUGCUGCCAGCCGGGCCACAGAUGGACCCCGUGGGGAACGGCUCCCAGGAGGCCCCCCGGCUCUUUCUCACCACGGCGCUGGCCCGAGGCAUCUCCGGCAUCUUCGUGUGGGCUGCCCUGUUCAUCACCUGCCACCAGAUCUACCUGCACCUGCGCUCCUACACGGUGCCCCAGGAGCAGCGCUACAUCAUCCGCCUGCUGCUCAUCGUGCCCAUCUAUGCCUUCGACUCCUGGCUCAGCCUGCUCCUCCUGGGAGGCCAUGAGUACUACGUCUACUUCGACUCUGUGCGGGACUGCUACGAAGCCUUUGCUAUUUACAGCUUCCUGAGCCUCUGCUUCCAGUACCUGGGCGGCGAGAGUGCCAUCAUGGCCGAGAUCCGGGGCAAGCCCAUCAAGUCCAGCUGCGUCUACGGUACCUGCUGCCUGAGGGGCAUGGCCUACUCCAUCGGGUUCCUGCGCUUCUGCAAGCAGGCCACGCUGCAGUUCUGCAUGGUGAAGCCCAUCAUGGCCUUGGCCACCAUCAUCCUCCAAGCCUUUGGCAGAUACCGUGAUGGGGACUUCAGUGUCCGCAGUGGCUACCUGUACGUGACCCUGGUCUACAAUGCCUCCGUCAGCCUGGCCCUCUACGCCCUGUUCCUCUUCUACUUCGCCACCCGGGAGCUGCUGCGGCCCUUUGAGCCGGUCCUCAAGUUCCUCACCAUCAAGGCCGUCAUCUUCCUGUCCUUCUGGCAGGGGAUGCUGCUGGCCAUCCUAGAGAGGUGUGGGGCUAUCCCUGAGGUCCAGGCCAUCGAUGGCACCAGGGUGGGGGCUGGCACGCUGGCCGCUGGCUACCAGAACUUCCUCAUCUGCAUUGAGAUGCUCUUCGCCUCCCUCGCGCUGCGGUACGCCUUCACCUGCCAGGUGUACUCAGAGAAGAAGGACUCGCCAGCUCCCCCAGCGCCCAUGCAGAGCAUCUCCAGUGGCCUCAAGGAGACCAUCAGCCCUCAGGACAUCGUGCAGGAUGCUAUCCACAACUUCUCCCCUGCCUACCAACAGUACACACAGCAGGCCACACAGGAGGCCCCGGGGCCUGGCCAAGGUGGACACCCCUCACCUGGCACCCACCCCUGCUCUGCUAGUGGCUCUGACAGGGGUAGGAAGAGCCGAAACCUGGAGAAGCGCAUGCUGAUCCCUUCAGAAGACCUGUAG